GUUGAACAUCUGAAGGAGCUUGGAGAUAAGAGAACCUAGCAACGAAGAAAGGCUUUCGUUUACGCCCUACCAAAAGUGUGACAGCAUCCUGACCUUAAUGUCCCGCCGUUCGUUCGACAAACAAGGACUCUAAUGCUGUGCAGCCGCCUUCUCUGAACGGCAACUACAACCCAGAACUUGCUCAUCCAGGGCAAUUGCUUCGACCUAUCCUCCAGUGUCAGUAACGUAGACGUUGAUAAGGGGCCAACCAUGGCGGCGCGGGGGAGUUCCUUGCGCGACAAACAGAUCUUCGCGAUCAAGAAGUUACUCAACCUUAACGAGCCCCUCGACACAAGCGAAAACGAUGACGUCCAUUCCAAUGGCAUCGCUGUGCCCUCUGCGCCGAUAACAAAGGAUGGGAAUCCGAUCUGGAAGCUUCUCAUAUUCGAUGACCUCGGUCGCGAUGUGAUCAGCCCGGUGCUUCAGGUGUCGGACCUUAGGUCUAUGGGUGUGACAAUGCACAUGCACAUUGGGUCCCAGAGAGCCGCCAUACCCGAUGUCCCGGCGAUAUAUUUGGUCGAGCCGACUGCCGCGAACUUGAAAGCGAUCACGAAAGACCUUCAAAAGGGGCUCUACAGCUCAGCCUACCUCAACUUCCUUUCCUCCAUACCACGACCUCUGUUGGAAGACUUCGCCGCGCAGACUGCUGCUGCGGGCACCUCGGAGCAGAUCUCGCAGGUCUAUGACCAGUAUCUCAAUUUCGUUGUCACUGAGCCCGACCUCUUCAGCCUGGGAAUGCAGAAGGAGCACACCUACUGGGCAUUGAACAGCGCAAAGACAAAAGAUGAGGAGCUGGACCGUGUCAUAGACCGGAUCGUCAGUGGCCUGUUUAGUGUCGUGGUGACAUCAGGAGUGAUACCCAUUAUCCGCUGCCCUAGGGACUCUGCCGCUGAGAUGAUUGCUGCCAAACUUGACCGCAAGCUUCGCGACCACGUUGUCAACUCGAAAGACAACCUGUUCUCUUCACAAACGCGAUCUGGCCCUUCGGCUACCGGGACUCCCACAUCAAGACCUGUACUGAUAAUUCUUGACCGCAAUGUCGACCUGAUACCCAUGCUAUCUCAUUCCUGGACAUACCAAAGCCUAUGUUUUGAUGUCUUUAAGUCGGAGCUAAACCGCAUCACUAUCGAGACCCCUGUCGACUCCAGCAACCCAGCAAAAGGGACCACGAAGAAAACAUAUGAUCUCGCCGCAAAUGACUUUUUCUGGGCCAAAAAUGCGUGCUUGCCGUUUCCCCAGGUCGCCGAGGAUAUUGAUACUGAGCUUACCAAGUACAAGGAGGAGGCGGAGGCGAUCACCAAGAAGACCGGAGUCAGUAACUUUGAGGAUCUCCAAAAUGACACAAGCGCUAGCGCGCAACACCUCAAAGCAGCCAUCACCCUUCUCCCAGAGCUCCGGGAGCGCAAGGCAAUACUGGACAUGCACAUGAACAUCCUUGCCGCCGUCUUGGGAGAGAUACAAAAUCGGCAGCUCGACAACUAUUUCCAACUCGAGGAAAAUGUGAUGAAGCAGACCAAGGCGCAGAUGCUCGAGCUUAUCAAGACGGGCGAUAAAGGGCAGCCGAUGGACAAGCUGCGCCUCUUCAUAAUCUGGUUCCUUAGCACCGAACAGGAUGUGACGCGGCAGGAAUGGUCACAAUUCGAGGAGGCACUAACUGCGGCGGGAUGUGACAAGACAUGCCUGGCAUAUAUCCGACAGGUCCGAGCAACCAACAAGAUGACACAGCUUACAACCAUCAACAGCCAGGGGUCAGCAAACCAGCAGCAAUCGGGCUCUUCGGACCUCUUCAACCGUUUUUCAGCGAUCUCGACGCGCCUGACAGACCGGCUUAAGGAGACGGGCGUCCCGACAAGCGCGCUGACAUCCAAUGUGGCGUCACUACUGGGCGGCAUUAAGAACUUCCUGCCCGUCGAUAGGGAUCUGACAGUGACCAAAAUCACCGAGUCGAUCAUGGAUCCCUCAAGUGCUAGCUCGUCGGCGAUUGCUAAGACGGAACACUACCUGUACUUUGACCCUCGCAGCGCCAACGCGCGUGGGACAAUGCCUCAGCCGUCGGCAUUACGCGCUUCCGGGAGUGGAGCUACGGCGCCGGGCGGACUGCCGGGCUCAGGUCUUGGCACGCAGGUCGGCGGUACCGGGGCCACCUUUGGGCAGCGGAGGCAGGGGUUUUCGGAAGCCAUGGUCUUCAUGGUCGGAGGCGGGUCCAUGGAUGAAUACGGAAACUUGCAGGAGUGGGCAACCCGCACAGCGGCCGGAGAUCGGGUCAAGCGAAGGGUCAUUUACGGCGCCAGUGAACUGGUUAAUGCAAGCCAGUUCAUCAGGGAUGAACUGGAUAAGCUCGGCAGGGAGAUGUCUUAAAUCCCCAUGGCUCCGGUAUGGAUUAGGCUUAUAUGUACAGUACCUUCCAGGGUCUCAAAGCAUCAAGGGUACUUGGUGAUCGCUUCGGAAUGAUGCUUAUACAGUCGCCGAUGCCUAUCAGGACGGGCCGCGAUGAAAGCUAGGCGAACGACCGAAAGCUCAAGGCAUUGUAUUGUGUGCUGAAGUGAAAGGCGAUCAAACAGAGCGAG